AUGGGAAAUGCAUCAGCACCCAAAAUUAUCAUUCGUCCGUGCUUAGAGAUGCUCCCGUUUGAGAUUCUAGAGGAGAUAUACAAACAUCUCGGCACUAUUGAUGAUGCUCAUCACUUGGCUCGCACCUGUAAAAGAAUCAAUCAGGUCAUGGAUCUUGAUGGUGUCUACAAGAGGAUCAUGGGCAUGAUAAUUGUACCAUAUACCUACAUAAAAUCCUACAAGACUAACAAAUAUCAGGUGAAUUCGAAAGUCCAUCGCUUUGAUAAGCAACUAUGCAACUUGCUCGUCGCCCAUCAUCAUAUCUUAGAACACUUUACAGAAAACGGAAUAUUUCCGCAAUGUAAAGAUCCGAGCCUCCCUACCUCUGACCAAGGUCCAGAUCCAGGUGCUGUCGAUCUCUCUCGGGCUACGUGUCCAUCUUGGAAAUCUCCUGAAUAUGAGUGGCGCAUCACCGAUACCGAAAUCUUCGAUAUUCUCGCACGCUGGCAAGGACUGCGGGAAAUUCAACAUCUCUACACCAAACAAACCGCAAGCAAAAUGAGUUACCUUAACCCCUGGAUGUGGGGUCAGCACGAUGAGUUGCAACUUGCUGCUCUGCAUCGACACUAUAUUUAUAUUACUAACAUGGGCUUCGAGGGAGUACGAGUUGACGCACUGCCGAACCGCGACACUCACAUGGAUUCCUUUGACGCAGAACAGACAGAUCGUUUCUAUGUUGCGCUUACCUUAAACUGGGUUCUGCAGCAGCAUCGUUGGUGUUUGAUAUCCCUGAAUUGCGCUACACCUAUGAUUGCGGAGAAGGCAAAAUCUGCGUUCGAAGCAAUGCUUCAGCAUGAUGAAGCUCGAUGGGGUAAACGGUCACUACUCGAUGAGCUUGACCUGCUUGAGGUCUACGAGUUCCUCUACCACGCCAUGUUACCGGUCGCCUUCCGUGUGUUACAUGGAGAUGGUCAGACUAGUGGUAUUGGGAGGACAAGAGUGGGUCAACAAGCGUACGAAGUUUCGGCCGGUAGACUGUUGCGUCGUCGUCUCCAAACCAAGAUGGCGAUGUUUCAACCACCAGACAUAGUCGAGGCGAUCCUUUUAGCACAGCACACGGGUCCAGUAAUGGAGUACGAUGAUGCACUGCAAUCACCCCGGGCGACGUUCAAUUCAACGACCCUAUCUGCAGCGUGGCGCCCGGGAAUGGUUACUUAUAGACAUGAAAGCUUCGGUUUCUUGCCUUCUGGGACCAUCUUGAGCAUGGGUAACAGAGGUGCGCGAAGACCGGAAGUUUUGGGGGACAUGCAUUACUUGUAUCUGUCGGAAACGAGGGUAUAUAACGCUAUCAGAGCAUUCUGCAGACAAGGGCUUCCAGAUCCACGGGAGAAGGAAUUUCACAAGUAUUGGGCCGAUAGCCUAAGAGGCGGAAUGUUUUGGUUCGCGCAGUCUUCAGGCAAAGCAGAAUGUCGAAUCGACCGCCUGCGCGAAGCGCCUGAGCGGAAAGACUGCGAAUUUUGA